AUGUUUCAACUCUUCUCCACUGCUACGACAUUGGUCGCGUUCUGCAUCGGUAUUACUUCUGCCGUGCCUACUACCAUCAAUGGCGAGAUCAUCGUCCACCACGCCGAGCAGCCCCACUCUCUCACAAAGGCCAAGCCUGCAUUUGAUCGCUUUGGUGUGAUUGUGUUGGAAAAUCAGGACUUUGACGCUGCCAUGGAAGAUCCUUAUAUGGGCACUGAGUUGCGCAAAAAGGGAAUGCUUCUUACCAAUUACCAUGCUCUUACACAUCCUUCACAACCCAAUUAUCUUGCAAUGAUUUCGGGUAGCACUAGUGGCGUAUUUAUGGACUUUCCUGCCAAUAUCAACCGCAAGACUAUUGUAGAUCUGAUGGAAGCUAAAAAUGUUUCGUGGAAAACCUACCAAGAAGAUUACCCAGGCAACUGCUACACUGGUACUAGUCAAGGUCUUUACUAUCGCAAACAUAACCCCUUCAUCACUUUCACCACAAUCUCCAAAAACCCCGCCCGUUGUGCCAAGAUUGUCAAUUCUAACCAGCUUUUGACCGACAUUAAAGCCGAGCAGGUGCCUCAAUACUUUUUUUAUACUCCCAACAUCAACAAUGAUGGACACAACACGGACAUCACGACUGCUUCAAACUGGCUCAAAAAUUUCUUGGAGCCAUUAUUGGCCAACCCAUACUUUGAUAGAACUGUUUUCCUUGUCACCUUUGAUGAGAAUGAUUGGCUGUUGCCUUGGUUCGAUAAUAACCAGAUCUACUCACUAUUGGUAGGUAAACCCGUCAAACCAAAUACUUCUGACAAUACCGAGUAUAAUCAUUACUCUCAGAUGACUACUGUUCAAGCUCGCUGGGAUCUUGGCUCUCUUGGUGCUGGCAAUGCCCCUGCUUUCAAUCUAUAA